CGCAGCACCGGAGACAUGUCUGCUGCUAGUUAGCCGCUGGUUAGCACGUCGAAAGAUGUUUUUCACCGUGUAGCUAACACAUUUACAUUGAACGCAACAGAACUUGUAAGUUGAUGAUUUUCCGGACGCAGGUUUUGUCAAGACUGGGACAAUGUCAGACAGAAAGCGAAAAUCAGAGAAGGAGCACCGACGAGACCACAAGAGACACAAGUCAUCCAAACAGGAUUUGGACAAACUCAAAACACAGACGAAAAAACUCAACCAGAAAGUCCAGCAACUGAAACACGUCGAGACGUUCUAUGAAAAACCUCCACCAGGACUCAUAAAGGAGCACGAGGACAAACCAGAGGACUGUAUUCCUGCUGAACCAGGAAAUGAAGAAGCCAGGAGCUUCCUGGCACACGCCCCCACCAAAGGGCUGUGGAUGCCUCUGGGGAAGGAGGUGAAGGUGAUGCAGUGUUGGAGAUGCAAACGCUACGGCCACAGGACGGGAGACAGGGAGUGUCCGUUCUUCAUCAAAGGCAACCAGAAACUAGAGCAGUUCAGAGUGGCUCAUGAAGACCCGAUGUAUGACAUUAUUCGGGAAAACAAAAGGAAUGAAAAAGAAACCAGGAUCCAGCAGCUGCAGCAGAUGCUUCAGGACACCACUUCCUCCAAUUCAGACAGCUCCUCCUCUUCCUCCUCCUCCUCCUCUGACCACCAUCGGAGCAAGAAAAGAAAAAAGAGGAGGGACAAAAAGAAGAAAGACAAGAAGAAGAGAAAAAGGAAACGAAAGCACAAGUCCUCCAAAACCAGUGACUGCUCAGAUUCAGACUGACUGUUGGGAGCAUGCUGAUGUACGUGCGCCAUCAGCUUUAAACGUAGGAAGAGACUGAAUACAGUAGCAGCGCGGGUAGAUCUUGCGCUGUAGUGCAGUGUGUUCUGCAGAGUGCCUCAGUAAGAACUACACUCUGAAGACUGUUUAAAUCCUUUUAUCUGCAGGUUGAAAACUGUUAUGUCCAGUAUGCAUGACUUCUCCCAGCCGUCUCAUUGUCUCCAGGGUGAUGACUUGCAUUCGCAUCCUCUCUGUCGGAUCGUACAGCACAGGCUCAUAUGGCACAGCUGCUUAAGUAACUGUGUGCAUGUGUGUGUCAAAAAGCAUUAGCUGCAUGGGUAAUGAAUCUUAAGUGAUAUGAAAUGAGCCCGCUGGUGUAAGAGAUAGCAUGUCAGCAAAUACACUGUGUUAUUAAGAGAUUGUAUUUUCCACCAUAUUUUUGUAGCUCUGCCAUCUCGCUGGUAUGAAAUACUUUGAUUGUAGACUGUGUUAAACGCAGAGGUGGAAAAAAAAAAAAAGAAACAUCGGGAGUACAGUUAAGAUUUGUCUUCCACACAAGCCUGAAUGUUUGAAUGCUUGUGACUGUACAUAAAUAUUUGGAAUGAUUUGAGGUUGGAAUAUGCUCAUUUGCUCUGAAAAAAAGCCACAGACAUGGGGAAAGAAUGUAUGUGAAUGUGCUCCCUCAUUCUGAGAAUAAAGAUGGCUCUCUUUCUCCAGUGUUUACCCGGCUCAAGGCUGCAAAAACAAAGAUGUUAAUCAUUUCAGCCCUAAUGCAUGCACGACUAUUUUUCAUAUUGAUAACAAUUAUCUUUUGAAGACGGUGCAGUGAAACUCCUCACAGAAGUCCGAUCAUUAAAAAGUGCACACGACCGUACUGCUGUGACCUUCCUAAGAGACGAAGAACAUUUUUUUACUUUUGAUCUUGUCCUGCGAGCAGUCUGAGGAGACUUCAGAGAGCGUUUCUCAGAAAUCAUUUCACAGUCCGUAACCUACACAAUGCGAAGCGAUCCUCCCUCUCUGUGCUGCGCUUCCAUCAACAACUCAUCAAACCAGCAGCUUCACGGUUGCUUCUUCGUGCUGUACUCGAACCUUUAGGCCACAUGUGAGGAAGUCUGGUGCUCCUCUCCUCCACGAGCAUCACAUUUUUGAGCGUGACGCCCCGU